GGUCAAUAUUGCAAAUCGAUUUCGUUUCCAUGAUUUUCGUUUAGUUUGUUUUCAUUCGAAAAUUGUGCAAAAAACUACUUAUAACAUUUGUAUGUCGACGGUUAUUAUUCACUGGAAUGUCUAUUUCUUUGAUUGCUAUCAAAAUUGUUCUAUCAAAAUCGUCGGAGAAUUUGAAACAUAAAAUUGACUUUGUUGCCAAUAGAUAUCUACAUUUAGCAGCUACAAUGUCCAACAAUUCUCAACAACAACAGCCAACAUCGAAUGAAUCAUCGAAAAAAUUUGAUCUUCGUGAACCACAUGAUAUUACAGUUGAACAAUAUCAAUUACCAUUUUGUUUAGGAAAUCAUAAUGUUGAAACAAUUCAAGGUAUACUUUAUCUUUUUAAAGAAAAUAAACUUACACCAUUGGGUGAAGAAUCGGAACGUAGUGAUAUUAUUUGUAUGCUAUCGGUAAAUGCAAAUAAAUCGAUUCAUGAUAUUUUACAAUUUACCGCUCCAUUCAGUGAAGAUAUUCAACAUAUACAGAUUAUUCGUGAUUCAACUCCUAAUCAAUAUAUGGUUUUAUUAAAAUUUCAUAGUCAACGUAGUGCCGAUGAAUUUUAUAAUUCUUUCAAUGGUUCUACUUACAAUUCUAUUGAACCAGAAAUAUGUCAUUUAGCAUUUGUUGCUAUGAUUGAAGUAUUGGAUGAUUCAAAGCAAUCAUCACAAUUACCUAUUACUGGUUUUACUGAAUUACCUACCUGUCCUGUUUGUUUGGAACGAAUGGAUGAAUCAGUUCAAGGUAUUCUAACCAUUCUUUGUAAUCAUUCAUUCCAUGGAAAAUGUUUGGAUCAAUGUGUUGAUUCUAGUUGUCCGGUUUGUCGUUAUUGUCCAACACCGGAAGCAAUGCCUGAUAGCCGUUGUUCAGAAUGUGGUUCACAAUCAACAGCACAAGAUUCAUUAUGGAUUUGUUUAAUUUGUGGUCAUAUUGGUUGUGGCCGUUAUUUAAAAGGACAUGCAUCUAAACAUCAUAAAGAUACUGGACAUACAUAUGCUAUGCAAUUAGGUCAUAAUAAUCGUGUUUGGGAUUAUGCCGGUGAUAAUUAUGUACAUAGAUUGUUACAAAAUAAAGAUGGUGAACCAGUCGAAUUGAAAGCAAAUCAAAGUGGUGGCCAAACUAAUCAAUUAAUGCAUGAUGAAAAAAUUGAUUCCGUUCAAUUGGAAUAUACCUAUUUGUUAACACAACAAUUAGAAAAUCAACGUCAUUAUUAUGAAGAAACUAUUAAUCAUAUGGAAAAAGAUAAAGAAAAACAAAUGAAAGAAUUGAUUGAUAAUAAUGAUCGUCUCAUGAAUGAAAACAAAAAUCUUAUCAAUUGUAUUGAUGAAUUAAAACGAUCCAAACAACAAUUGGAAAAAAAAUUAAAUCAAUUGACACAAAAAUUACAGAAAACAUCGGCAGAUCUGCAAGAAGAAAAAGAACUGAAUAAAUGUCUUCGAAAAAAUCAAGAUGAAUAUACCAAAAGAUUGAAUGAAACGGAAAAAAAUUUGCAAAAUUAUAAAAAAGAAAAAGAUGCAGAAAUUGAUGAUCUCAAAGAACAAAUGCGUGAUUUAAUGUUUUUCUUAGAAGCAAAAGAAAAAAUUCAAAAUAUACCCAAUGAAACAUUGAAAGAAGAAAUUGAAACAGGAAAAAUAUGCAUCCAACAACAACAACAACAAUCAACGAGUAAAACAAAAUCCUCCGGUCGUAAUAAAAAAGUUAAUAAAUAAAUAGUGUCUUCGUCAUCAAAAUGUGAAUUUUAUUUUAUCAGAAUCAGAAUUUGAAUAAAUCUAAAAAAUUA